AAAAUAAAAUGAACAUGCUGUGGUCGUGAACAUAAUUUUUUUUUUUUGGAGGAAAAAUUAAAGUGCCAGAGUGAAAGCCAGAAUGGCAUCUAGAGAGAGGCUCUUUGAACUUUGGAUGCUUUAUUGUACAAAGAAAGAUCCGGAUUAUCUGAAGCUAUGGUUGGACAAUUUUGUUUCUAGCUAUGAACAAUUCUUAGAUGUUGACUUUGAAAAGCUGCCUACCAGGGUAGAUGAUGUGCCUCCAGGAAUAUCUCUACUUCCUGAUAAUAUUCUGCAGGUUCUAAGGAUCCAGCUACUACAGUGUGUUCAGAAAAUGGCAGAUGGGUUAGAGGAACAGCAACAAACUUUGUCAGUUUUGCUCGUCAAGUUCUUCAUUAUUCUUUGCAGAAAUCUGUCUAAUGUGGAAGAAAUUGGGACUUGCUCUUACAUUAAUCAUGUCAUCACUAUGACAACACUCUACAUUCAGCAAUUAAAAAGCAAAAAAAAAGAGAAGGAAUUGGCAGAUCAGACAUCUAUUGAAGAAUUUGUAAUCCAUGCAUUGGCAUUUUGUGAAAGUUUGUAUGAUCCAUAUCGGAAUUGGAGGCAUAGAAUUUCAGGACGAAUCCUUAGUACUGUGGAAAAGAGCAGACAGAAAUACAAACCAGCUUCUCUCACAGUGGAGUUUGUCCCUUUCUUUUAUCAGUGUUUUCAGGAAAGCGAACAUCUCAAGGAAAGUCUUAAGUGUUGCUUAUUGCAUCUCUUUGGAGCCAUUGUAGCCGGUGGGCAGAGGAAUGCUUUGCAAGCAAUUUCUCCAGCUACCAUGGAAGUUCUUAUGAGAGUUUUGGCAGACUGUGAUUCCUGGGAGGAUGGAGAUCCUGAAGAAGUGGGUAGGAAGGUAGAACUUACUCUGAAGUGCCUUACAGAAGUGGUACAUAUCCUUCUCACUAGCAGCUCUGACCAGCGUCAAGUGGAAACCAGCACUCUUUUGGAGAACUAUUUUAAAUUGCUAAAUUCAGAUCAUUCAGCUUUACCUAAUCAAAGGAGGUCGAGACAGUGGGAAAGCCGAUUCAUAGCUCUACAGAUAAAAAUGUUGAAUACCAUCACAGCCAUGUUAGACUGCACUGAUAGACCUGUUCUUCAGGCCAUUUUUCUUAACAGUAAUUGCUUUGAACAUCUCAUACGACUGCUACAGAAUUGCAAGCUGUUUUUAAAUGCUAACAAUAAGGUGGCAGACAAGAACGAGAAAGACCUUGCCAACAAAUUACUGACAGAAAUGAAUGAGGACCAGGUGUUUCAGGGGCAAUUGGAUUGUUUGGCUAUAUCAACCAUUAAGGCUUUGACAGCAGUAAUGAAUAAAUCUCCAGCUGCUAAGGAAGUAUUUAAAGAAAGAAUUGGUUAUACACAUAUGUUUGAGGUUUUAAAAUCCCUGGGUCAGCCACCGCUAGAACUACUUAAAGAACUUAUGAAUAUGGCUGUAGAGGGUGACCACACUUCAGUUGGGAUUUUGGGCAUUAGUAAUGUCCAGCCUCUCUUGCUUCUUAUCCAGUGGCUUCCAGAGCUAGAAUCCCAUGAUCUGCAAAUCUUCAUUUCUGAUUGGCUGAAAAGAAUUUGUUGUAUUAAUAGGCAGAGUCGAACUACUUGUGUCAAUGCAAACAUGGGAAUUCACAUCAUUGAAACCCUUGGUUCCCAUUCUUCCCUCCAUCGAACUUGUGCUGAGAACUUGAUUGCACUUCAUGGUUCCUUGGGGAGUCAGUCAGUGAGCUCAGAAGAAAUACGUCAGCUGCUAAGAUUGCUGAGAGUGGAUGAAUCUGAGUAUAUUCACCCUUAUACUACUCCUGUGACUCGAGCAAUUCUGACAAUGGCCCGAAAACAAAGUCUAGAAAGCGCACUGCAGUAUUUUAAUUUGUCACAUAGUAUGGCAGGAAUCUCUGUGCCUUCCAUACAGAAAUGGCCAGGGUCUGCCUUUUCUUUCAAUGCUUGGUUUUGCUUAGAUCAGGAUCAGUUGACUCUUGGCAAUGCUAACAAAGGAGGAAAAAGAAAACAAUUGUACAGCUUUUUUACAGGAAGUGGCAUGGGUUUUGAAGCUUUUAUUACCCAUUCAGGUAUGCUGGUUGUUGCAGUGUGCACAAAAAGAGAAUAUGCUGCAGUUAUGCUUCCUGACCACAGUUUCUGUGAUUCCCUCUGGCACAACAUAACCAUUGUUCACAUGCCUGGAAAAAGACCCUUUGGUCAGAGCUUUGUCUAUAUCUAUGACAACGGACAGCAGAAGGUCUCUGCCCCUCUCAGAUUUCCUGCCAUGAAUGAACCUUUUAUUUCCUGCUGCAUUGGUUCAGCUGGGCAAAGAACCACCACUCCUCCACCAUCCCAAAUCCCAGAUCCACCUUUUUCUUCCCCCAUUAUCCCUCAUCGGACAUCAUUUGGUGGAAUUCUGUCAUCAGCCUCCUGGGGAGGAACACUUGAAAAAUCAAAAUUGAUUACCAAAUUGAUAUCAGCUGGAACUCAAGAUAGUGAAUGGGGAUGUCCCACAUCUCUGGAGGGCCAGCUAGGGUCUGUUAUCAUAUUUUAUGAAGGACUACAGCCUCCUCAGGUGAAGGCAUUGUAUUUAGCAGGUCCAAACUGUUUAAGCCCUUGGAAAUUUCAAGAGUCUGACAUGGCUGACCUGUCUGGUAACAUCCUUCUUCACUAUACUGCAAAGGCUUGCAAAAAUUCAAUCUGUCUUGAUUUAUCUACUAAUUGUUUGCAUGGAAGAUUAACAGGAAACAAAGUAGUGAACUGGGACAUUAAGGACAUCAUAAACUGUAUAGGUGGAUUAAAUGUACUGUUUCCUCUGUUGGAACAAAUCAGCCACUUUGGUGAAGGACAGAUUUCUGAAGGAAUGAAUGAAAGUACAGUUUCUGAAUUGGUAACACCUGUAGAAGGAGAUUGGGUGGUAUUGACCUCCACAAAGGCUUCAGAGUCAAGAUUAGAGAGAAAUCUAAUUGCAACAUUUAUCUUGAUUGUGAAACACUUUAUUCAAAGACAUCCCAUCAACCAGGACAAUCUUAUUCACUCCCAUGGAGUUGCCACUCUUGGUGCCUUACUUCAGAAGGUGCCAAGUGCCUUGAUGGAUGUUAAUGUAUUGAUGGCAAUUCAGUUACUAAUUGAACAGGUAUCAUUAGAGAAAAAUAUGCAGCUCCUGCAACAAAUGUAUCAGUAUUUACUCUUUGACUUUCGUAUUUGGAACCGUGGAGAUUUUCCCUUCCGAAUUGGUCAUAUACAGUAUCUUUCCACCAUCAUCAAAGACAGCAGGAGAGUUUUCCGAAAGAAGUACGGUGUGCAAUUUCUCCUAGAUACACUUAGGAUCUAUUAUGGGAGUGAUUGUAAAUACAGUGAGCUGUCUGUAGAUGACAUUCGAACAAUAAGGACUUCUUUGUUUGGACUAAUUAAAUAUUUUCUGUGCAAAGGUGGAACUCAUGAAGAGAUACAAAGUAUUAUGGGUUACAUAGCUGCUAUCAAUGAAGAAGAACAGCUCUUUGGAAUUUUGGAUAUGCUCUUCAGUCUCCUGCGUACCAGCCCAACUAGAGGUCAGCUUUUCUUACUGCUGUUUGAACCAGGAAAUGCUGACAUACUUUAUGCCUUGCUCUUAAAUCAGAAGUACUCUGACAGACUAAGAGAAAUCAUUUUUAAGGUUAUGGAACAAAUGUUGAAAUGCACGAAUGUUUAUGAACGAAGUAAACAGCGCAUUCGGCUCAGAGAAGUUGGCUAUUCAGGAUUGGGACUUCUUCUUAAUGAAGCACCCGUUAAUGCCAAUCUCAUUAAAAGCCUCACCAAUCAAAUUAUAAAUACAGAUCCUGCUAUUAAUUUCAAAGAUCUGUUGUCCAUGGUAUAUAUAUCUCACAGGACACAUAUAAAUGUCAGGGUGGUUAUCUGCAGAAAGAUUUUACAGAUUUUGCAGUCCCAGCCAGAUGCAGCACAUCAAAUAUCUCAACAAGUGGGUUGGCAAGACACUUUGGUUAGGCUCUUUUUAAAAACAAAUUUUGAAAAUGGAAAUACUCUUCAUAAGCACAGUAGAGCUCUUUCAAUGAAAGACAAUGAUAAAAAUGUGGUAGGUGAAGAUCUUAAGAGGAACUUCGACGAAAAGACUGAUGAGGAAAAAAUCAACUCUUUUGGCUCAGCUAAUGUGUCUUCCGAUCAGUGGAGUUUAGAGGAUAGACACUCUCUAGACUCAAACACACCAUUAUUUCAAGAAGAUAGUUCUGUGGGAGAAUUAACUUUCAAAUCAGAGAAUCAAGAAGAAUUCUGGAAUAAUAAUCCUUCACAUUUGAGUUUAGAUUUCAGUGGAAUAGACUCGUGUGAACUGAGCGACAGUGGAAGUCACAUGCCAGACAGCUUGCCUAGUACACCAUCCCCAAUAGAAUCUACUAAAUCAUUUUCUGUGCCAUCUGACAAAGAGAGCAGCAUCACAAAUGAUACGGGGUUUAGUGAUGACUUGUCGUUACUUGAAAGCCAAGAGAGAUGUGAGGAGGAGCUUCUUCAAUUACUGACAAAUAUUUUGAACUAUGUAAUGUGUAAGGGACUAGAAAAGUCAGAUAAUAAUACUUGGAUUGAACGAGGACAAGUGUUUUCAGCACUAACUAAACCAGGAAUAUCCAGUGAACUACUUCGACCAUCAGAUGAAAUAAAAUUAAUUUUGCUACAGAAGAUGUUAGAAUGGGCAGUCAUGGAAAACAGAGAAUCAAACACGAAUCCAGUAACUGCUGAAAAUGCCUUGCGGCUCAUCCUGAUCAUACAGGACUUUCUGCAGUCAGAGGGGCUUGUUAAUUCAAACAUGUGGACUGAAAAGCUUUUAGAGGAUCUGAUGCUGCUCUUCGAUGGUCUGUCAGUUUGGUAUUCUGAAAGUUCAGUAUUGGCACAACUUUCUCAAGUUCAAAUCCAGUUACUUCUAGGAUUCAUUGGAAUGGGUAAUGUGCAGGUUUGUGCAAUAGCAUCAGCUAAGCUAAACACCCUUCUUCAGACCAAAGUGAUUGAAAAUCAGGAUGAAGCAUGUUACAUUUUAGGGAAGCUGGAACAUGUUCUAAGUCAGUCAAUCAAGGAACAGACUGAAAUCUACUCAUUUCUGAUUCCCCUUAUCCGUACCCUGGUUUCCAAAAUUUAUGAGCUUCUCUUCAUGAACUUGCACCUGCCUUCUUUACCUUUUACCAAUGGUAGUUCUUCAUUUUUUGAAGAUUUUCAAGAAUAUUGCAGUUCAAAUGAAUGGCAAGUUUACAUUGAAAAAUAUAUUGUGCCUUACAUGAAGCAAUAUGAAACCCUUACAUUUUAUGGUGGUCAUGAGAACAUGGCACUUUAUUGGAAGGAUUGUUAUGAAGCCUUAAUGGUGAAUAUGCAUAAACGAGACCGGGAAGGAGGAGAAAGCAAGCUUAAGUUUCAGGAGUUUUUUGUGGAGCCAUUUAAUCGAAAAGCACGCCAAGAGAACUUGAGGUAUAAUAAUAUGCUUAAACAACUUAGCAGUCAACAGUUAGUCACUCUGAGACGCUGGAAGGCAAUACAGCUCUAUCUUACAUCUGAAAGGGGACCUUGGGCUGAAAGGAAACAAAAUCCAGUUCACUGGAAACUAGCUAAUGUAGAAAAUUAUUCCCGCAUGAGACUUAAAUUGGUGCCAAAUUAUAACUUCAAAACUCAUGAAGACGCUAGUGCUUUGAGAGAUAAUCUAGGUAUCCAACACUCACAGCCUUCUAGUGAUUCAUUGCUUUUGGAAGUAGUGAAACAAGUAAAAGUUAGCAAUAUGGAAGAGGAUAAAUUAGACCUUCCUGAAGAAGACAUAACAGCCAGAGUAAAUAUUGAUGAAAAAGAAGAACAGGAUCAAAAAGAAAAAUUGGUGUUGUCAGAAGACUGUGAGCUCAUUACAAUAAUUGACGUAAUUCCUGGCAGAUUAGAAAUUACUACUCAACACAUUUACUUCUAUGAUUGCAGCAUUGAAAAAGAAGAUGGAGUAGGCUUUGAUUUCAAGUGGCCUCAUUCUCAGAUUCGAGAGAUUCACCUGCGGCGUUACAAUUUAAGGAGGUCCGCCCUUGAGAUUUUUCAUGUUGACCAAUCCAACUACUUUCUCAAUUUCAAAAAGGAGGUUAGAAACAAAGUAUAUAGCAGACUAUUGUCACUUCAUUCUCCAAAUAGUUAUGGAACCAGAUCACCACAGGAAUUGUUCAAAGCAUCAGGAUUGACACAGAAAUGGGUGAACAGAGAGAUAACAAAUUUUGACUACCUCAUUCAAAUAAAUACAAUGGCAGGACGAACAUAUAAUGACCUUGCACAGUAUCCAGUGUUUCCCUGGAUUUUACAAGAUUAUACUUCGGAAGAGUUGGACCUUAAUAAUCCAUCUGUAUUUCGAGAUCUUUCCAAACCAAUUGGAGUAGUUAAUGAUAAAAAUGCCAAAGCCAUGCGAGAAAAAUACGAAAAUUUUGAGGAUCCUAUGGGAACUAUUGAUAAAUUUCAUUAUGGUACUCACUAUUCAAAUUCUGCUGGGGUUAUGCACUAUCUUAUUCGCACAGAACCAUUCACCACCCUUCAUAUCCAGCUUCAGAGUGGAAGGUUUGACUGUGCAGAUCGACAAUUCCAUUCCAUCCCUGCCACUUGGCAGGCUCUCAUGGACAAUCCAUAUGAUGUGAAAGAACUUAUUCCUGAAUUCUUCUAUUUCCCAGAGUUUUUGGAAAAUCAAAAUCAAUUUAACUUGGGUUGUCUACAAGUUUCCAAAGAUGUAGUAAAUGAUGUCAUUCUCCCCAAAUGGGCUAAGUCAGCUGAAGAUUUCAUCUAUAAACACAGGAAAGCUCUGGAGUCUGAAUAUGUUUCUGCUCAUCUUCAUGAAUGGAUAGAUCUGAUUUUUGGCUAUAAACAGAGGGGUCCAGCUGCAGUGGAAGCACUCAAUGUUUUCUAUUACUGUAGUUAUGAAGGAGCUGUGGAUCUAGAUGCCUUAACAGAUGAAAAGGAAAGAAAAGCCUUAGAAGGGAUGAUUAAUAAUUUUGGGCAAACACCUUGUCAACUGUUAAAGGAACCACAUCCUCCUAGAUUGUCAGCAGAGGAAGCAGUGCAGAAGCAGGCCAAAACAGACACUUCAACCCUGAACCUAUUUCAGCACCUCUCCGAACUCAAGUCAUUUUUUAUAGAGGGAAUUAGUGAUGGUAUUCCACUAAUAAAGGCCAUUGUCCCCAAAAAUCAAUCUCGCUCUUUUAUGUCUCAAGGCAGUCCUGAGUUACUGAUAACAGUAAGCAUGAAUUAUGUUGUUGGAACCCAUGGAUGGCUGCCUUAUGACAGAAACAUUUCUAAUUACUUUACAUUCAUCAAAGAUCAAACUGUGACAAAUCCAAAAACUCAGCGUAGUAUGAAUGGUCCUUUUGCUCCAGGGCUGGAAAUAACUUCUAAGCUAUUCAUAGUAUCACAUGAUGCAAAGUUGCUUUUCAGUGCUGGACACUGGGAUAAUAGCAUUCAAGUGAUGUCACUUACAAAAGGCAAAACUAUCUCACACAAUAUUAGACACAUGGAUAUUGUUACUUGUUUAGCUACAGAUUAUUGUGGAAUACAUUUGAUUUCUGGUUCGAGAGACACUACAUGUAUGAUAUGGCAAAUAAUACAACAGGGAGGUGUUCCCGUGGGCUUAGCAUCGAAACCCUUUCAGAUUCUGUAUGGACACACUGAUGAGGUAUUGAGUGUUGGCAUCAGCACUGAACUUGACAUGGCAGUGUCAGGAUCAAGGGAUGGCACUGUGAUUAUACAUACCAUUCAGAAAGGUCAGUACAUGAGGACUUUACGACCACCUUGUGAGAGUUCUCUACUCCUCACUGUUCCUAAUUUGGCGAUAUCUUGGGAAGGACAUAUUGUCAUCUAUUCCAGCAUUGAAGAAAAGACCAAUCUCAAGGAUAAGAGUGCACUACAUCUGUUUUCUGUAAAUGGCAAGUAUUUAGGGUCUCAAGUCCUGACAGAACAAAUAUCAGAUCUGUGUAUCACUGGAGAACACAUUAUCACAGGCAGUUUACAAGGUUUCCUGUCCAUAAGAGAUCUCCACAGUUUGAAUCUCAGCAUGAAUCCAUUAGCCAUGCGGAUGCCUAUCCACUGUGUUUGUGUAACCAAAGAAUACAGCCAUAUUCUUGUAGGAUUAGAAGAUGGCAAAUUGAUUGUAGUGGGUGUUGGCAAGCCAGCUGAGAUGCGUUCAGGUCAGCUUUCUCGAAAAUUGUGGGGAUCUAGCAAGCGGCUCAGCCAGAUUUCAGCUGGAGAAACUGAAUAUAAUACUCAAGAUUCCAAGUGAUUACUAUUUCCAUCUUCUGUCAUGGAUAACUGAAACUUGAUUUAUUGUUUUGUCACUUUAACCACAUCUCUCAACUAUCUGAAUGUUUCAGGGCUUGUAUCACUGAAAAUCAUUUAGGGAUUAUCAAAAUUGAAUAUGCAAUGUGUAUAAAGACAUAGGUUAUAUUAUUAGCCACUUUAAAAAUUUCUGGCUAAUAUUAAAUCCAGUUGUAUUGAUUAAUUAUUGGUCUACACUAAGGUGGAUUUGAGAAAAUACAUUUGAAUUCGAUUUGUGGUUCAUUCCUAAAGAUCAUUAGAUCCAUUAAAAAAAAAAAAAAACUUCUAAAAAAUAAAGAAAUACCAUAUGAUUCCCUUAUUAUUCCAAACAACAAAAUUUAAGGUAUUUCUAAUAAAAUAGUACAGAUGAUGGGACAGUUGAGAGACAUGGCUUUUAAUAUAUUCUUUAGUUAAUCAUUUUCCUAUUUACUGACCACCAUAUUUAAAAAUAUAUCAGUUUAUUUAUGAAACUCCUGAUUGGAGGUAAUAUUUUAAAGGCAUCUGUUGCACACUUAGAUUUUCAAAACUCAGUGUAAAUUCCAGGUUUUCAUGAUAAGUUGACUAUAAGACUAUUGAAACCGGUACAUUGGGUCAUUCCACUACUGCUAGCAUAUUAUUAAUGAGAACUUAUUGAAAUGUAUUAUUAUAUGCUUAAAUAAUAAAAGUUGAGUAGGAAUAAGAGAAGCUGAGAUAUAUUUUGCAGGUGUAUUUCAUUAGUAGUAUAAUUAAGGAAAAAAAUGAUUAUGAUUUUGACUGUUGGAUCCUUUAAGUAGCAUAGUUUAUUAUCUGCAAAGUUCAAAAUUUCUUGGUUUAUUCUUUACUAAGCAGAUACUGUGUUUCCCCAAUAAUUAGAAGUGUUAGCAAUGAUACCCAAAUACAUUAACAUUUUUACCUAGAACUUCCAUGUGAUUGAUACAUGAAUUAAAAAGAUAAUGCAUCAUUAGUCACUUAGACAUAGUAAUUGUUAAAGACACGUUUGUAUUUCGUGUUAUGUAUAACUUUUAAGAUUAUAAUUAAUUUUAUUAUACAUAGUUAAGUGUUACAUUAUGUUUUACUGUUCAAAAUUUUAAAGUAAAAUGCUGAUAAAUUUAUUUUGGAAUUCAAAGUGGUUGAUAAGCCUAGUGCUUUUAUAAGGUCAUCCUUUUGAGUUAGGUUAGAGAGCUUUUACAACUACAAGUGUCCUUAAUCUGAGAUACCACGGGUUUGGGGUAAUUUAUGAAUCCCCUGAAAUUGUGUGGAAAUUCUGUGUGUUAACUGCAGUUUUAUUUUUUCAGGAGUGAGUGAGUGUGUGGCUUUCAUAAAGGGGUUUCUGAUCAGAAGGGGGAAAAGAUAAUAAUAGCUUCUUAUAAAAUAAUAUUCCUUUUUAUUCCACAAAUCAUAGAUUUCCUUACAUCCAAUUCUCUUCUCCAUGGAAUCUUUGAGAACCUUUCCCUCUGCAAUUCUUCUGUUGCCCCCAGUAUCUAUUGCCCUUUUCUUUAUAAUUCUAUGAAUGAGUAAAAAAUUUAUGAGAAGUAAAGGAUUCUGUUUAGGGAAGCUUUUUGAAUAGAUAUGAUCUGUUCAAGUCAGGACUAAUAAAAAUUUAUAGAAGAAUUUUCUUUACAAUUAUUUAAAAUCCUCUGUUUGAUUCAGUGAAAACAAAAACAAAAAACCAUGUUUUAAAUAAGUAACACUGAAACAAACUGGUGCAGCAAGUAUAAAAUAGAGCACAUGUAAAUGUGAAGAUUUCCUUUUUAAGGGUUUCAGGAAUUUGUGAUGAAAAUGUCUCAAAUCAGUAAAGAUAAUUAUGAUUUAUUGAAUUUAUUGCUUCUAUUUAUUUCAUUUUAUUUUUUCUAUUACAUUUUUUAGAAUGUUUCAAGUCAGCAAAACCAACAUGAUUGAUUUGGGGUAUUUUAAAUGUUAAUUUUUAAAAAAACUUUUCUGAAUCAAAACCUCGGAAAUUUUUCUUUUGCUUACUUAUUCAUUGACUGUGGUAUAGUGUUGCCUUCUUUAUUUUUAAGGUUACUUAAUGGUUUUAGAAUUAUUUUGGAAAGUUAUAAAGAAGUUUAACUGAAAUUAUUAGGGAAAAAUUCCUAAAUUUAUGAUGUUUUAAAAUUACCAGGGAAAAAUUCCUAAAUUUAUGGUGUUUUACUUUGCUGCUUUUUAGAUUGAAGAACCAAACAAGCAGUAUUCAUUUUAUAUCACAAAUAGAAGACCCUUUGUUCACAGUAAAAUAAAUAUCCUACCUAGACUAACAAUAGAUGUUUAGAGCUAUGGAAUUCUUCCUUAUAUUACUUUUUCCAAAAAAGUGAAAACCAAAAAUGUAGGAUUUUGAGGAAAAUCUGAUAAUACUAGCAACAGUCUAAAGGAAUGGAAGUUCACUUUAUCUAUUAAACAAAUACAGUAGAACCAUUAGUUGAAUAAUAUAAACCUCUUUUAAACAGUGUAGCCCACUGAAUUAAUUUAAAAAAUGACCAGAUAAAAUCACUGAAAAGAUAUACUUUGGGGAUUCUGGUGUAUUUAGAUGUUAUCCAUAGAAACGGUUUCUGCUUAUAUAAUGGGAGAAGUGAACAACAGUGUGAUGAAAAUGGAAUAACAAGUAGACAUUUCAGUUGAUAAAUACAGUAUCUCAACUUGGCUGCUAUGAAGUUUGUUGUCUAAAGAAACUUUCAUCUGCUUUUGUUUCUUGACACUGGUAAUAAUGAUGGAAAUAAAAAUCUCAGCAUCCUGUGAUAGGAAGAGAUUUAUACUAAAAUAAUGAUUUUACUUUUAGAAAGUGAGAUUUAAAAUAUUAAAGCAUAUAAUAUCUGUGUUCAUUUAGAAAAUAAAGCAAACUUUCAACUCUCCAAUCAGUAUUCUGUCAUUACUUAGAUAAAAUUGGAGGAGAGAAGGAAAAAUAGAUCAGGGCAUGGGAAUUAGAAAAGUAUAUAAAAAUAAAGCUUGUCCAGUUGGUUUAAAAUCUUUUUAAGCCUAGGAAGCUUGUGUCAGCUAUUAUUAAGUGUCUAUCUAUUAACUUCCAUUAGGUCACAGUGGUUUUUUUUUAGGUCACAGCCUUUUGUCAGAGAGAAAAAUGCCAGAUAUUCAUGUGUCAUCAGCAAGAAACAUCAGUGAGGCUUCCUUUUUUUCUGUUAGGCAUACAACAAUUAUCCUUAAGAGACUGGUAUUGAAAGUUACUUUUACAUUUCUGAAGCAAUAAGUGUACCCUCAUAAUUAAUUAGAAUUCAGAUUUGAAAGUUAAAUCUUAAGCUAAGAUUUUUUUUUAUAUUUUACUUGAAUAGGAGUAAGCAGAGAAAAUUUUAACUUGAAUACCAGAUUCUUAUUUAAUGAUGAUCAACACAUGGCCUUUGUCCUGAAGUGUAUUUUAUAUUGUGACUAAAGAAAUCACUCAUGAAAAUCUUCUAGUUAAAUUUAAAGAGGUUAACUCCUUUUAUAUAUUUACUUUCACGAAAUGAGUAGCAUUGUCUUUAUCACCUUUCCAAUGAAAAGAUGCAAGUACAUGGACUAUAUUAAACAUAAAUAUUAGAUAAUAUGUACUAUCAUAGGGUAUGUGUACGAGUGAGUGAAGGUUGGUCUCUUCAAAUACAUCAGUAAAUUUGUCUUCCAUUAAUUCUUAAACCUGUCUGUAGGAUGUAAUUUUUGAUAUAAGAAAUGAAAUAAAUUAUUUUUCUUUUCUAAA